CGCGCGCUGCAUGCAACGGUCUACGGGCGGCGCUUAUGACCUGGACCCGCCUGCUUUGCCUCCUGCCACCACCCCGCGAAGCUGCACCUGAACGUCUAACCACGAGGAACUGGAAGUAUGCCGUUUGAUGUUUCGAAGGCGCUGGGAGCGGUGCUCCUGGGCAGUCUCAUUUCCCUGGGCCUCUCUGGCAUCGUCAGUAUGCAAUCAUUCCUAUACUUCAGGACCUUUCGCGCAGACUACAGGAGGGUUAAGGCCACCGUGUCUGUCGUUUGGGGUUUGGACUUGUUUCAUUCUGGUCUGAUAUGCGCAGGAGCAUGGCAGUACCUCAUCGAGAGCUGGGGGAAUAACUCGACGCUGGACACUAUCCCCAUACCUAUAGCUCUCACGAUUAUAGUCACCGCAUUCGUGACCUUCAUCGUACACAGUUUCUUCACGCACCGCGUCCUUGUCCUGAGCAAGCACAACUGGUGGAUAUGCGCCCCCAUGUGGAUUCUCGCGUUCUUCCGCUUAGUGUGCGCCACAACAACGACCGGACUCAUGAUCAGCGUCAGGAGCUUUGACACGUUCCUCAACCGGUACACCUGGAUAUUCACCCUCGGCCUCGCUACCUCCGCCGCCGUCGACGUCCUCAUCGCCGUCUCGCUGUGCUACUUCCUGCGGAGCAACCGCACCGGGUUCGGCAGUAUGGAUUACGUGAUCGACACGAUCAUGCUGUAUACGAUCAAUAACGGGAGUCUCACUUCGAUAUCGACUAUCAUUUCCCUCGUCUGCUGGCUCGCAAUGCCGCACAACCUCAUCUUCAUGGGCUUCCACUUCGCCAUCUCCAAACUCUAUGCGAACUCUUUCCUCGCAACCUUGAACACCCGCGAGUCCCUCCGCAGCCGCGGGCAGGGCUCCUCGGAGCGGGACUACCCCAUGCCCGUAAUCUUCCAGGGGCGCCUCACGACGGAUCGCUUCGGGAUGCAAAACGAGGUGACGACGCUCGACCAGCGGACGACGAAGCUGCAGAUCAGCGUCGAGAAGACGAUCCACGUUGACGGGGACGAGGGGAUGGAGCAGUCCGACGGGACUUCGCACUAGCUUUCUUGCAGAUGGGGGAAGUAACUUAUAUAUACCGUAUCGUAUACCUAUCGACCAAGGAUCUACCCUACUGCUACUACUACAGCAAGCUUGCCAGCGAGAGGUUGCGUGGUGGAAUGGGAGAGGAAGGAGGACUUGUGAGUUGUGAUCACUCUCGUUUGUCGUUUAUCGUUAUCCACCCGUUGAAUGUACUGUUACUAUACAAAAGAGAGAGAAAGGACAGGCAUGUAACAGGAAAUCGGACGGCAUGGGACAGUAUGGGCGAACAGGGUCAAAUUAAACAACGGCGGUGCAAAUUACGAGUCCUGAGGCCUCAGGACUCGUAUCAUGCCAUGCUUGCAAUGGCCCACUUCCGCAAGUUGGUACAUGACUUCGGUGUCGAUGCCUGCCUUCACAUUGCUGCAGGCUCUGGUGUCGCCACGAAGAUAGCAGACAGGAAGAAACUGGUCCGCGAAACUACAUUCGAGGACGACAAUACGAGCGAACAUCAUACACGGAGGCAAGAGCCGGGAAGAUGACGAACCGGGGGUAAGAUGGUCAUUCAGCAUCGCCCGGAACUGUACGAAAGAAGCGAUAAAGUGGUCGCAUCGUAGCCUUGUUAUGCAGAUGCGAGGCGCAAAUGAUCCAUCGGGGAAGCGUGAAUUUGACGUACCAUCUACAAGCAGACCCGAGAUAUGCAUGCUCCAUGGAAAGGAGGGGUGCCAUUCAUCGCUUAACAUUCUCGUGUAAUGGAUGUACAUUUACUGUUGUUUUUAAGUGCGAAUGGAAACUACGACAGCGGCGCGAUGGACGCGGUAUGGUAUGGUAUAUGAAGCAACGGAUAUAAUUAUGAGCGUAACCAUCAGAACAAAACAAGUCCCCAACACUACGUUCCUCCUCCCUCCUCUCCCUUCGCCGCAGGCGGUCUCCCGCCCCUACACCUCCCCACCACACCCC